GGCAGGGAAGCUGACAUCGAUGAGAGAAAACAAGAAAGGAGGGAGGAAAAAAAACAACAACAACCCACCACGCUGCUCUGAAGAGAGAGAGAGAGGGGGACAGAAAGAGAGAGAGAGAGAGAGAGAGAGAGCGUGAGAGAGAGACUGUUAAUGUCUGCAUUAACUGUCAUACCAGGUGUACGUUGGGGCUCUUUAACUUCGUGAAACUUCUGAAGUAAGAAACUGAAUGCAAAUCUCUAAUUGUUGAGGUAUUUACGGCGAAUGUGGGAGAUAUUAUUAUGAAGAACGUUGUGAGUUCGGAUGCUGCAACUGAACCAAGGAAGUGUUUUGACGAGGAUUUGUAAACCGAAUUGACUGAAGGUUCUCGGAUAGUUACACGCUGACGUCAUUUCCUGUCAUCAUCUAAACUCGAGACGAAACCGAGACUCAAGGAGACUGUCAACUCUGACGUUUGUAACAGACUUUCACGACGAUUGAAGACAAAUUGUGAUCUCCUGAAUCGUCUGCUUUAUUUUUUGAGUGACAGACCAUAUCAUCAUUAAUGCAAGUAAAAAUUACAAAGAAAGGAGAGUGAAACGAUUCCGGACGGAUUAAUCAGCCACAUAACAAGCUGUCUUAUGUUGGGACGUUGGGUUAUUAAAAAAUAUAUAUUGCAAAACGUUCGAUAUUAUUAGUUUGGUACUAUUUGUUAUAGCUCCUAUUGUUGACAAGAAACCAAAGAACUAAUGAACUAGAUUAAUAGACUGUGACUUGUCACCAAGCAAGAGUGCAAAGAACCACCGCUUCGUAUCUCUGUGGUUGGAAAUACUAGACGUGAAGAAAUAAUAUGUGCUAUUGUUACCAGUUACAGGCGUUGUACAUUAAAAACCUGUUAAAGAAGAAUGGCGGAUUGGACAUGUCGAUUAUUUUAGAGUCGGGGUGCCUGACCAGCUUACGUGAAGGUAAAAAUGCAAAAGAAGGAAAGAUAAGAAAAAAACUACUUAACACUUUCUCUUUAUUCUGACGUCAAUUGCGACAUCAAGUAAGCUGAAAGAACCACAAUCGCUGACAGCGCCGUGCUAAUGAAAGUAUAGUAUUAGUUUCCUGACCCAUACCACAACAGCGUGUCCGAAACCACGUCUACCAUGGUGUUAGAAGACCUUGUGAUAAAUUAUACUUGACGUCAUAAACAAAAUGGAGGAGACGCUGAAAGUUGUCAUGGCAGCGGUGCGUCGAGACGUCACGUCCAAUGACAGCGAACACAACAAGCCGGGUUUGGCCGGCGGUUUACCAGGGACUGGCGGGAAUCUGUCCCUGAUGGAGCCGUUUCCCUCUCCUCUCGGACCGGAUAACUUGACGUCAUCGUGCGCCUGUAACGUCACCACGCUGUUUUCAGACUUUCAGAGUAACGUGGAGGAUCAGUUGGAGCACAGGAUUGCGACUGUUAUCUGGCAGGUUUGCCCUGUCAUUCUCUUCCUGUUCGGCACAUUCGGCAACGUCUUAAUCCUGCUGAUGUUGCGCCGUCUUCGUCUCGGCCGUACCUCCAUGCACAUCUACCUCAGAGCCCUGGCUAUCUCCGAUCUGUGCGUGCUGUACACUGGACUCCUACGCUGGUGGAUAUACUGGACCUUCGACCUUGACCUCCGGAAGCAGCACACCUCCCUGUGCAAGGCCCACGUCUGGCUGGUCUACGUCUCUCUCUCGGUCUCAGCCUGGCUUCUGGUGGUCAUGACUUUGGAGCGUACUUGCUCGGCCUGUCUCCCUCACAGAGUGAACACCUUCUGCACGAAGCGACGGGCAUGCAUGCUCAUCGGAUUUAUCGUUGUGUUUCAUUGCUGUAUACAGUCGCACUUUCUCUUCGGGUUGACAGUUCACAAUACGAAUGGAACGUUUGUGUGCGAUGCCAUUUCAGACGAGUACCGAUACUUUGUCCACGAAAUCUGGCCGCUUGUUGACUUGUGUGUUCUAUCGUUGCUCCCUUUCGUCUGUCUCAUUAUCGGGAACGCGAUUAUCGUCUGGAAAACGUUUUUAUCCCUCAAAACCGCAGCUGAACUCAACCUCACUUCGGGGACAAACGCCAUGAUGCGCAGACGACAUGCUUCAUCGAUGACCGCGAUCCUUCUCGGCCUCAGCGCCAUCUUUUUACUGACUACGUCACCAACUUGCGUGUACAACAUGUGGGAACGGGGUGGCUCAGCCCUGGAAGUUGGCAGCACUGCCCAAGGUAAAGCGAGGCUGGAACUCGCCUGGGCUGUGGUCAACAUCAUCAUGUACUGUAACAACACCUUCAACUUCUACCUCUACUGUUUGACGGGUCGGAAAUUCAGGCACGAGAUGCAGAGACAGUUUUCCCGCCAUCGUACCGAGUCGCACUCCAACGUACUCUCCGCGCCGUCAGCCGCGCAGCUGCACAAAUUUGUCAUGAGUGACGUCAAGAAAAACGGUGUUGUUCAGGAAAACGGGCAAGUUUCCGUGUUUUCGCCUGGACGCCUCUCAGUGCGGGCUCGGCCCAGCAAUGCUUUUUUGUAGAGUCCCUUCUGCUACAGGCUGCAGCGUGGCUGGGAUUUGGUUACAAAUUAAUUAUUUGUAAGACUUUCACCGUAGACUCAUUUAUAUGGAUCU